UGCUACUGACACUGCUGGGCCAUCUAAACAAGGCAGACAGAGGGAAUUGGAUGAGGCUCUUGUAGACAUGGUGGUAAAGGAUUUGCAGCCCUUCACUAUCGUGGAGGAUGAGGGUUUCAUGGCUUUUGUGAACAAACUUGAUCCAAGCUAUGUCCUCCCAUCCCGGAAGGCACUUAAAACGAUGGUAACCGAAAGGUACAACAUUUCUAAGGAGAAGACAAUGGAGGACCUAAAAAAGGCAGAUUUUGUUAGCCUUACAGCUGACAUGUGGUCCUCCAUUAAUAUGGACGGAUACCUUGGUGUUACUUGCCACUACAUAACACCAGAGGCAAAGCUGGCAACUGUUGUACUGGGUGUAAGGAGGUUUUACCAAACACACACAGCCCAGCAUCUCAUGGAGGCUAAAGCUUUGCUAAUGGCCGAGUGGGGAAUAACCACCAAAGUUCAGUGUAUGGUGACUGAUAAUGCAUCCAACAUGAUCUUAAGUGCCCAGCUACUGAACCUUCGGCAUGUCCCAUGUUUUGCCCACAAUUUAAAUUUAAUUGUAAAAAAGGCCCUAGAUCAAACCCCACUCAUCAAUGAAAUACGACAGAAAGCCAGAAAGACAGUGGGGUUAUUUAGAUCCAGCUGCAAAGCAAAGGACAAGCUUGUGGAGAUGCAGGGCUUGAUGGGCAGACCAGCUCUGAAACUGAUGCAGGAGGUGGACACAAGAUGGAACAGCACUUACGACAUGUUGCAGCGCUUGUAUGUGCAACGAGAGCCACCUUUCAAACUCGCAACGACAGAGUUGUCAGAGGAACAGAGAGUGUCUGCUUCAAAGCUCAUACCACUUUACAGGAUGUUGCAGCACAAGCUAUCGCAGAAAAAAGGCCAAUCAGCACAGGAAUCAACUGCACAAUUAGGCACACACCUGCAAGAAGGUCUGCACUCAAGAUGUGGUGGGUACGAGUCAUUCAGAGCCUUGGCUCUGGCUACACUGCUGGACCCAAGGUUCAAAAAUGUGGGUUUUGGAAAUCCUGCCAAAGCCCAGGAGGCUGAAAAGCAGAUCACACUGGAGUGUGCUUCGCUGAUGCGUUCAAACACAGCAACUCCUGUUUAG